AGGUGUUAUAAGCUAACACAAUUGAGGAGAGGAGGCACAUCAUUUUUCUGACCCUUGAAAGGAGAGCGUAGUUCUGUAAUGGUUCCCCCCACCUAAUCUGGUGCCAUAUGAAACGCUGAACAAACGGUUUCGAGCUGCACAGAAGAACAUUGAUCGAGAGACUAGCCACGUUACAAUGGUUGUGGCAGAGCUGGAGAAGACGCUGAGCAGUUGUCCUGCUGUGGAUUCAGUUGUUAGUCUUCUGGAUGGAGUAGUUGAAAAACUCAGUGUUCUGAAACGAAAGGCAGUUGAAUCAAUCCAGGCUGAAGAUGAAAGUGCAAAACUCUGCAAACGUAGGAUUGAACAUCUGAAAGAGCACAGUAGUGACCAGCCAGCUGCUGCAAACAUGUGGAAGAAGAAACGUAUGGAUCGUAUGAUGGUGGAACAUCUUUUACGCUGUGGCUACUACAAUACAGCUGUAAAACUAGCAAGACAAAGUGGUAUUGAGGUUGGUAGCAACGUGCACUAA